AUGAUAUAUCUUAUGAGGCUAUAUCCACUGUAUAAAGGAAGAUUUCUCAUCAUAGCUUUGAAAGUAACAUUAAAAUUAGAAUACAUUCUUUUAGAGGAAAUCGUCGCAACUAAGCAUGAAGACUUUUCGAAACCCUUUAUAAGUUUGGGACGAAACACAAAGUCAGACAGACAAGUUAAAACGUCAGUCCCAAAGACAAUCAACACUGAGCAAACCACGUCCCUGAACCGUCUACGGUCCACGAGGAAAUCCCAGGGGAGGGUCCCAGACCUGAGCAGUGAGUCUUGGCUGAUUUCUGUUGUUGGAGUCCUGGGGAUUUCCCUGGGGGUCAGUCUCGUCGUCAUUCUAGGUCUAGUGUGUCUCUUCCUCUGGAAGAAGAAACAAGACAACACCAUUGGAAAACAAACAAAUAUUAAAAGUGAUGGCAGACAAAGAGACCUAGAGACAAACAUGUACAGCUGUGACCAUAUGAAUAGUAAGGAGGCGUUGACUCUGACAGAUGUGGAGAUAGCCACCAGUGUUGAUAAACACAGUUAUAAAGAAUCAGCAGAGUAUCAAACUCUCUGUACGGUCUCCCCUCUGAGGAAAUCGGAUGAACGAGGACGUUCGGAGGCUCCUAGCCAUUCUACAGACACUUAUAUGGAACCUGUGACUCGAGAGGGCGUCACUCUCCGCACCAUUGUCGAUAACCCUUCCUAUGUUGAAGUGAUACCAUAGAGUCACAUACUUCUUUUAACUUGAUAUUAAAUUGACAAGAAAUUGUUAUUGAAGACAGUAGGAGUUUCUCAUUAAAGUGCCUUUAUUUCUCUCAGCUAUAAAACCAUGAUAGAAAAUAAAUAGCAGAAUAAUUG